CUCUCUUUCUUUCACCUAUAACAUUAUCAUCAUCUUCCUUCACUGAUCUUCAAAACCACCGUUCAUAUAUUUGUCUCUCACUCUCUCAAAAUUAAAUCUCUUGAAAGAUAGUUUUUUUCUCUUUUUUUUCUUAGAUCACUUUUUUUUUCUCUUCUAAUUUCCACUAUUAUAAGCUUAAAAAUAAAAUCAAACCCUAUUAUUUAUUUUCACAAAAAGUGCACUAAAGAUCCAAUCUAGAAAAAAAUACCUAAUAAUUAAUGAUGAAUUCUCUUCAUCAAGAAUUUGAAUCUUCAUCAAACAAAGAAAUUAUGAACACCAACCUCAUGAGCAUAACGAACACAUCAUCAUCAUCAUCAACAACAUCAUCAACAUCCAUGAUGACCAUAUCAUCAUCAUCUACUACAUCAUCAACAACAUCACCACCUUCAACAUCAACAACACCAAGUAGAUAUGAGAAUCAAAAGAGAAGAGAUUGGAACACUUUUGGACAAUACCUAAGAAACCAUAGACCACCACUCUCACUCUCACGUUGUAGUGGAGCUCAUGUCCUUGAAUUCUUAAGGUAUCUUGACCAAUUUGGUAAAACAAAAGUUCACACACAAAUUUGUCCUUUCUAUGGACACCCUAAUCCACCUGCACCUUGUCCUUGUCCUCUUCGCCAAGCGUGGGGGAGUCUUGAUGCACUCAUUGGGAGACUUAGGGCUGCUUUUGAAGAGAAUGGUGGGAAACCUGAAGCUAAUCCUUUUGGUGCUCGUGCUGUUAGACUUUACCUUCGUGAAGUCAGAGAUUCACAAGCUAAAGCUAGAGGUAUUAGUUAUGAGAAAAAGAAGCGGAAGCGUCCGCCUCAGCCGCCGCUGCCACCACCGGAAUCAAAUGCAACUACAACUGAUCAUCCCUAGUAGAAUUGUAGGUCCAGUGCGACGCACCGAUGCGGCCUCAAUCACAAUAAAACUACAGUUACAGUGACAUUAAAAAACUAUAAUGCCAUAUGACCUAGAUGGCAGCUGCAGACCAUUAUUUAAAACCCUACACAAACAUAUUUGGCUAUGAUGUUAGUUUAAUUAAUUGCAUACCAAAAAUGAUAUGAAUACAUGUACGUGUAAGAAAAAAUGUAUGUUUGUUUUAGUAUUUUAUAAUUUGUAAUGAUGCAGAAGUUGUGAGAUGAGUAGAUGGUGUAUUAGUGCAGUGUGAGAUUGGGCGUGUGGAUGCAGUGCAAUGAGAGAAACUGCAAGUAGCAGUGUGAGUAAGUAAUUUGAAGUUGCGGUUAGAAGCAGUAAUAGCUAAAGGGUUUGUGUUUGUGUGUUGUGUGACCAAUUAUUCACGGUCCAAUUUGUAAUAAAUACGUGUGUACUUGAAGGUGGGUCAUUUAUGACUCAGUUAUGGAUUUGCAGAUCAUGUUCCAUGUCUACUUCUUUAUAUCCAUGCGGUAAAUUGCUAUUA